GAUGUAUUUAGUGUCUCUCACGCGAACACUUACACAAAAUUGCAUUGGCAAUUAAUGAUAUUAUCAUUCUUAAAAUUCUAAAUUAUCGAAUCAAAAUUUCUAGUCCAUGCCACACUAUCUCAUGCCCACCCCUUUUAUCUAAAGUUACUACUAUAAAAAAGAAACAGAAUUCUGCAGUAGGACAAUAAAGUGAAUGCCUUUAUAGCUAGAUCUAAGGGAAGUAAUAGCUAGAAACAAAUUAGAGGUGUUGUUGGUUAAAAGGUACCCCUUUUUUAAUCCAUCUACCACCUGCUACUACUUUUAUGCUCCAUUUCAAUUUCCCGAGGAGGAGUAUAUAUAUAAAGUAGCAGUGAGAGUGAAAAAUGAGUAACAACAGGAUACAAUCAGCCAUGGAAAAGAAUGAAAAAACAGCAAAUUUUAGAGAUGAUGAUAGUGAGAAAGAGCCUGAAAUUAACUAUAGAGGAGUGAAAGCCAUGCCAUUUAUCAUAGGAAAUGAGACCUUUGAGAAACUUGGAGCAAUUGGCACACUUUCCAACUUGUUGAUUUACCUCACAUCAGUUUUCAACCUGAAACACAUCUCAGCUGUUACACUGAUCAAUGUCUUCAAUGGAACAACCAAUUUCGCCACUUUGAUUGGAGCUUUCUUGUCUGAUACCUACUUUGGUCGUUACAAAACGUUGGGAUUUUCAUCCAUUACUUCAUUUCUGGGGUUGUUUGUUAUAGCAUUAACAGCAGUAUUCAAGAAGCUACAUCCUCCUCAUUGCGACUCCAAAGAUAUCAGCCAAUGCAUAGGACCAACAGGAUGGCAAAUGGCGUUUUUGUUGAGUGGAUUUGGGCUACUGAUCAUAGGAGCAGCUGGGAUUAGGCCAUGUAACUUAGCCUUUGGUGCAGACCAAUUCAAUCCCAACACAGAGUCUGGUAAAAGGGGUAUCAAUAGCUUCUUCAAUUGGUACUUUUUCACCUUAACAUUUGCACAAAUGGUGUCCGUUACGCUCGUGGUUUACGUGCAAACGGACAUAAGCUGGUCCUUAGGACUAGGCAUUCCAGCAAUCUUCAUGUUGAUUUCAUGUUUUCUCUUCUUUGGUGGCACUAAAAUUUAUGUCAAAGUGAAACCAGAGGGCAGUCCCUUGACAAGUGUGGCACAAGUCCUAGUUUCUUCUAUCAAGAAAAGAAGGCUAAAAUUGCCAGAGGAACCAAUGAAGUCACUGUUCAAUUACACCCCUCACAAGUCCAUCAAUUCCAAGCUUCCUUACACUCAUCAAUUCAGGUUUCUUGACAAGGCUGCAAUAGUAACGCCUGAAGACCAAAUCAACUCAAAUGGAUCAGCAGCCAAUCCAUGGAACCUAUGCAGUGUGCAGCAAGUGCAAGAAGCUAAAUGUGUUGUAAGAGUAAUUCCUAUUUGGGCUGCAGCAAUUGUAUUCCAUAUUGCAAUAUCUCAGCAGCAACAAUUUGUUGUCUACCAAGCCCUUCAAUCAAACAGGCAUCUUGGCAACAGCAACUUCCAAAUUCCAGCAGCAACAUACACUAUUUUCUCCAUGUUAAGUCUCACUCUCUGGAUACCAAUAUAUGACCGUAUCGUGGUGCCAUUGCUCCGAAGAAUCACCAGAAAAGAAGGUGGCAUAACGAUCCUUCAAAGAAUGGGAUUUGGCAUAUUCCUCACUGUUGCAUCAUCCUUCGUAUCUGCAUUCAUCGAGAAGCGAAGGAGAAAAUUGGUCUUCACAAAUCCAGCAUUAGGACUGCAUUCAGAAAGAGGACUUGUUUCUUCUAUGUCAGCUCUGUGGUUGGUUCCUCAGCUAUCCUUAGCAGGACUCGCGGAGGCAUUCUGCGCCAUUGGACAAGUGGAAUUCUACUACAAGCAGUUCCCCGAAAACAUGAGAAGCAUAGCAGGGUCUUUCUUCUUCUUGGGAAUGGCUGCUUCAAGUUACUUGAACAGUUUCUUGAUUUCCAUAGUGCACCGCACAACAGAAAAGGCGAAAACAGGCAACUGGCUACCGGAGGACCUUAACAAGGGGAGAUUGGAUUACUUCUAUUUCUUGGUUACAGCACUGGGAAUCUUUAAUGUUGUCUACUUCAUUAUAUGUGCUAGGUGGUACAAGUACAAAGGUAGUGAUGACACCAGCAGCGUUACAUUGGAAAUGGAAAGGAAAAACGUUGAGAAACACUUCGUUUGACAUUAAUUUUAGGAACAAACCAAAUGAAUAGUAUCUGAUACCAAAUGAUAGCAGCCAUCUGGGUUGAAAGAAGUUGUAAUAGGAAAGCUAAUAAAACGAAAUCACCUGAAAUUCGCGCCUCUACUUAUCUCCCUCCUACUGAAAUUCAAAUGGAAGAUGAACAACUUACAUUCAACAAGGGUAACUCAAACUCUAAGUUAAAUUUCUGAAUACAAUUUAUUAGUACUACAUUUA